GGUCCUUUGCGCGACCGUAAAGCCUGUUGGGUAGCCUUCUAACGUCCUUGUCCAACCAAGCACACACUGACUGGCUUCACGCUAGGGCUGGAGGACCUCUGUCAUUCACUCAUCGCGCGUGGGUAAAAUAAAACUCUCAGACAUGAUGGCAGCAAGAUUCCUCCGCCGUGCUCUCCCCGUGCUGAGGCAGGCUCGCUCCUACGCCGAUCCGGCCUCCGGAGCCCCGCAGAUGUCCUUCACUUUCGCCUCUCCGACACAGGUGUUCUUCAAAGAGGCCAGUGUGAAGCAGGUGGACGUGCCCACGCUGACGGGUGCGUUUGGCAUCCUGCCGGCCCACGUUCCCACCCUGCAGGUGCUCAGGCCCGGCGUCGUCACCAUCUUCAACGACGACGGCUCCUCUGCCAAAUACUUUGUGAGCAGCGGAUCAGUGACGGUCAAUGGCGACUCUUCUGUCCAGCUGCUUGCUGAGGAGGCAGUGCCCCUGGACCAGCUUGAUAUUGCGGCAGCCAAGGCCAACCUGGAGAAGGCCCAGUCGGAGCUUGCCGGCGCGUCCGACGAGGCGGCCCGGGCGGAGGUCCAGAUCAGCAUAGACGCCAACGAGGCCAUCGUCAAGGCCCUGGAGUAAAGCUGCGGUCGUUUUUUUCUGUUGCUGUGAGGAAAAACCAACUGUCCCCGUCAGUGUCCAGAGGAUUCCCAUCUUUCUUUGUACAGUGGAUGAACUUAAGAAUAAAUUUAUUUGGAAUUAACA